CAGAACGUUCCGAAUUGACGGAAUUACAAUUGUCACAGUUCUGUCAGUCCCGACAACGGAGGUGGUGAUAAGCUACACAGAAGAAGAAUUAUCAAGUCAAAGAAUAAUUUGUGGGCACCCUACUUCAAACUUCAAUGACCUCAACAUGUGUGAUGAAUCAAGUGGUACAAACUCAUCUAUUAAUUUCCAAGAUAGAUGUCAACAGUAUUAUACAAACCUGUGACAGUCUGGUCAUGAAUCACCAUACAACCAUCAAACAACUUAUCUCCCUUUUCACAAAAAUAUCUGGUUAUGAUUCUUACUGUGAACAGAUUGUCUCGUUAUGUAACCAGAUCUUGUCUGAUACGGUAACCAGUAGCAACGAUGUAAUAAAUGUCUGUAAAUCGUUAAAACCUAUAGUUUUGUCGCCAGAUAAGCCAGAUACUUUUUUGGAAGUCGGUAAUGGCGAAGGUCCUGGAAGUUCAACAUUUUUCAAACCUUGUAACCAGAUCUCUAAGGAAACGAGUUCAAAGGCAUGUCAAGCCACCGGAUUGUACCAAAACAAUGUCUCACCUUCUAUUUUAAAACAAUAUGUAGCAACAAGAAAAAACAAACCUUCCAUAUUAAAAAAAAGUAAACCCAAAAUAACCAUAGCAACAAAUAAACCCAGCAUAACCAUAGCAACAAGUCAACCUGAAUUACCGAUACUAACAACAAGGCCUGAAUUACCCAUAGCAACAAAUAAACCCCAAAUAAUGACAGCAGCAAGUCAUCCUGGGUUACUCAUAGCAACAAGUCAUCCUGAAUUACUCAUAGCAACAAGUCAACAUAAAUUACCCACAGAAAAAAGUCAACCUGAAUUACUCUUAAAAACCGGUCAACCUGAACGACCCAGAACAACAAGUAAACCCAACAUAACCAUAGCAACAACUCAACUCAUGGAAACAAGUCAACCUCAAUUACCCAUAGCAACAAGUCAAUCGGAUUUACCCAUAGCAACAAGUAAUCCUCAAUUAUCCGUAGCCACAAGUCAACCUCAAUUACCCAUAGCAACAAGUCAAUCCAAACCAAAACUUUUAACAAGAAGUAAACCCAUCAUAACCAUAGCAACAACUCAACCCAUAGAAACAAGUCAACUUGAAUUACCCAUAGCAACAAGUCAACCUCAAUUACCCAUAGCCACAAGUCAACCUCAAUUACCCAUAGCAACAAGUCAAUCCAAACCAAAACUUUUAACAAGAAGUAAACCCAACAUAACAAUAGCAUCAAGUGAACCAAAAAUACCCAUAGCAACCAGUAAUCCUAAAUUACUUGUAGUAACACGUAAAUCUGAGUCAUCCAAAAUAACAAGUAAUCCACAAUUAAAUCUGCUAAGCAAUCAUUGCAUUCUACCGAAACCACCCAUAGCAACGAUUAAUCCUGAUUUACCAAUAGUAACAAAUAAACCUAUGUUACCCAUAGGAACAAGUGAAUCUGAAUCAUUCAAAGUAACAAAUAAUCUACAAUUACACCCACAAAGCAGUCAAGGUAAAUUACCAUUAGCAACCAGUAUAUUACAAUCACCUAAAGCACCAAGUAAAUCUGAAGUAUGUAUAGAAACCAUAGCAACAGAUGAGUGUGAAUUGCCUAUAGCAACAAGUAAACCAGAAACACUCAAAGGAACGAGUAGAAGUAAAUCUGCAUUUCCCAAAUCAAACAAUAAUCCCAAAUGCAACAUAGUAACUAUCUAUCCUGAAUCAUAUGUAGGUACAAGGAAACAAGUAUUGCCCAAAGUAACCAACAAGCCUGAGUUAACAACAGAUAAACCUGACAUAUCUAUAGUAACGAGUGAACCUGAAUUAUUGAUAUCAACAAGUAAAUCUGAAUUCUCCAUAGUAACUAAUAUGACCGAGUUAUCCAUAGCAACAAGUAAACCUGAUUUACCAACAACAACAUCACCAAUCGAAAACAACAUUAACUCAUCAACAAUUGUUAAACCAAGGCAAAGAAAUGCAACUGAUAUUGAAACAAUGGAGGCCAUCAAUAAUUUACUAGAGAGCAAUGCAGAUGGGGGGGAUGAGAUUCUGGAAUUUGUCGAUAUUACAGAUGUGUACGAUGUUGUUAGAGGCUCUCAUCUCAUGGAUAAUGUUACAGCAGAUUCGCAUAAAGUAUCUGUCAGUGAGAGUCAUCCAAAAAGCUUGCCUAAAGUAUUUGUGAGUGAGAAACACCCAAAGCCAUAUGAGAAAUUGAUUUGUGAAAUCUGUGGGAAAAUUUAUAAAACACGUUGCAUCUUGAAAAUACAUAAACUUUUACAUCUGGAUCAGAAACCGAUUGCCUGUCCGCACUGUGAUUACAGGUGUGUCACUAACAGUUAUUUAAAAGAGCAUCUAAAAAUACAUAGCAAGGAGAGAAACCACCAGUGUGCGAAAUGUGGUAAAUGUUUUAUCCGAAAGAAAAAUCUGACAAUUCAUGAAUUGACACACACUGUCACUGAAAAAAACUACCUCUGCGAUGUAUGUCCAUCCCGCUUUUGGGACAGGGGUACGUUAUAUAGCCAUAAAAGAUACGUACACGAUAAAACAAUUCAAUGGCCGUGUUCAGUAUGCGGUAAGACUUUUAGCCGAAAACACUGUUUAGAUAUGCACUCGAUGCGUCACAACGCAGAAGAAAGAUUCACUUGUAAAAUUUGUGGUAGAAAAUAUAAACUGAAAGAUUCUCAACGGAAACAUAGUAAAACGUGUGAUGGUGGUGACCAAAAGAAAAAUGUGAUAGGUGAGAGAUAGUAAAAUAUGUAAUGGUGGUGAGAUAUAGUACAAAAGGUGAUGGUGGGGAGACAUAGUACAACAUGUGAUGGUGGUGAGACAUUGUACAACAUGUGGUAGAAAAUAUAAACUGAAAGGUUCUCAACGGAAACAUAGUAAAACAUGUGAUGGUGGUGACCGAAAGAAAAAUGUGAUAUUGGUGAGAGAUAGUAAAACGUGAUGGUGGUGAGAUACAGUAAAACAUGUGAUAGUGGUGAGAUAUAGUAAAAUAUGUGAUGGUGAGACAUAGUACAUGUGAUGGUGGUGAGACAUGGUACAACAUGUGCUCGUGGUGAGACAUAGUACAACGUGUGGUCAUGGUGAGACAUAGUACAACAUGUGAUGAUGGUGAGACAUAGUACAACAUGUGAUGGUGGUGAGACAUAGUACAACAUGUGAUGGUGGUGAGACAUAGUACAACAUGUGUUCAUGGAUAAGCUACACAGAAGAAGGAAUAUCAAGUCAAAAAAUAGGUUGUGGACCUUGUUUCCUCUAUGAGUCAAAAUGAGUUCAACAUGUGUGAUGAAUCAAGUGGUACAAACUCAUCUAUUAAUAUCCAAGAUAGAUGUAAACAGUAUUAUACAAACCUGUGACAGUCUGGUCAUAAAUCAUAAUACAACCAUCAAACAACUUAUCUCCCUUUUCUCUAAAAUAUCUGGUUAUGAUUCUUACUGUGAACAGAUUGUGUCUUUAUGUAACCAGAGCUUGUCUGAUACGGUAAACAGUUGCAACACUGUAGUAAAUGUCUGUAAAUCGUUAAAACCUAUAGAUUUGUCGCCAGAUACUUAUUUGGCAGUCGAUCAUGGCAAAGUUCCUGGAAGUUCAACAUUUGUUGAACCUAGUAACCAUAUCGCUAACGAAACCAUUUCAAAGGCAUGUGAAGCCACAAGUUUUUUCCAAAACAAUGUCUCACCUUCUAUUUUAAAACAACAUGUAGCAAGAAGAAAACACAAACCAUCCAUAUUAAAAAUAAGUAAACCCAGCAUAACCAUAGCAACAAGUAAACCCAGCAUAACCAUAGCAACAAGUCAACCUGAAUUACCCAUAGCAACAACAAGACCUGAAUUACUCAUAGCAACAAGUCAAGAUGAAUUAUCCAUAGAAACAAGUCAACCCAAGAUACUCCUAGAAACAGGUCAACCUGAAUUACCCAUAGCAACAAAUAAACCCAAAAUAAUGACAGCAACAAGUCAACCUGAAUUACUCAUAGCAACAGAUCAACAUGAAUUACCCAUAGAAACAAGUCAACCUGAAUUACUCAUAGAAACAGGUCAACCUGAAUUACCCAUAGAAACAAGUCAACCCGAGAUACUCAUCAUAGAAACAGGUCAACUUGAAUUACCCAUAGCAACAAGUCAACCCGAGAUACUCAUCAUAGAAACAGGUCAACCUGAAUUACCCAUAGAAACAAGUCAACCCGAAAUAUUCAUAGAAAUAGGUCAACCUGAAUUACCCAUACAUGUAGCAACAAGUCAACCCAACAUAGCCAUAGCAACAAGUCAACCUGAAUUACCCAUAGCCACACAGCAACAUGAAUUACCCAUGGAAACAAGUCAACCUGAAUUACUCAUAGCAACAGGUCAGCAUGAUUUACCCAUAGAAACAAGUCAAACCAAACCAAGUAAACCCAACAUAUUCAUAGAAGCAAGUGAACCUGAAUUACUCAUAGCAACAAGCCAAUCCAAAACAAGCAUUUUAACGAGAAGUAAAUCCAACAUAACCGUGGCAACAAGUGAACCUGAAAUAGCCACAUCAACGAGUAAUCCUGAAAUACCCACAUCAACGAGUAAAUCUGAAUUCCCCAUAGUAAAGAAUACGCCUGAGUUACCCAAAGCAACAUCAUCAAACCAAACCAACAGGAAAUCAUCAACAAUUGUUCCAACGUUAAAAAAUGCAACUGAUAGUGAAACAAUUGAAGCCAUUGACAAAUUAAUCCAAAACAAUGCCAAUUUACUGCAAUCUCAUUUGGUAUCAAAAAGAAAGCAUUUAGUACCAAAAAGCAAGCAUUUAGUACCAACAAGCUCGCAUAAAGUAUUUAUCAGUGAGCGUCACCCAAAGCCAUACGAGAGAUUUAUUUGUGAUAUUUGUGAGAAAAUCUUUACACGUGGCAGUUUGAAAAAACAUAAACUCACUCAUCUGGAUCACAAACCUGUUGCCUGUCCGUACUGUGAUUACAGGUGUGUUAGUAAGAAUUAUUUGACGGCUCACCUGCAGAGACACAACAGAGAGAAAAAUUACCAGUGUGAGAAAUGUGGUAAAUGUUAUACUCGAACGGCCAAUCUGAGACGUCAUGAAUUGACUCACACUGUCACUAAAAAACAAAAAUAUCUCUGUGAUCCUUUUGGGACAUGGGUAUUAGCAUAAACUGUAUACACACGAUAAGACAAUUCAAUGGCUGUGUGAGGUAAAACUUUAAGCCGAAAAUACUGUUUGGAUAAGCACUCGAUGGGUCACAGCCUAGAAGAAAAAAAAACAUAGUAAAACAUGUGAAGGUGGUGAGACAUAGUGUAACAUAUGAUGCUGGUGAGACAUACAUGUAGUACAACAUGUGAUGCUGGUGAGACAUUGUACAAAACAUGAUGGUGGUGAGACAUAGUACAACAUGUGAUGGUGGUGAGACAUAGUAUAACAUAUGAUGGUGGUGAGACAUUGUACAACAUGUGAUGGUGGUGAGACAUAGUACAACAUAUGAUGCUGGGGAGACAUUGUAUAACAUAUGAUGCUGGUGAGAGAUAGUACAACAUGUGAUGGUGGUGAGACUAGUUCAUGUGACGGUGGUGAGACAUUGUACAACAUGUGCUCAUGGUGAGACAUAGUACAAUAUGUGAGAUGAAAAAUGAAGACUUCCGCUGACGAAUCAGGCAAACAUUUAUAGUCAUGUAAUGAAUAAAGUCUUUGAUUUCAUAUGAUUAUAUGACUUAACAAUUAAAAUUCUACGAUUUUAUUGCUUAAA